AUGGUCGGCAAGGUCUCCGAGAGGGUGCUCCUCAGAGAGGGGCUGGAAAGAACCGACAAUGGCAUGAAAUUGACGUCGUGGCCCGAUGUCACCCCCAUCAACCAGAAGAAUUACUACACAGAUUAUAUGAAAAGGGAUGACCAGGUCCUUGCGCUCCGACUCCAAAGCGAUGCGACUCGCGACAGACUAGUACAGAGUGCCCGAGAUCGUGACCGCGCUCUUUCAAAGCCUGCCAAUGGCGAGCUGCCCCUACCACUGCCGGACCUCGGCGAAGAGGAUGGAGCGGCGACUCCCUCAGGUGGAAUGGAUCCAUCGAGGGUCAUUGUGAUUCACCCCGGAAGCCAAAACUUACGCAUCGGAUUUGCGAGCGACGCCCUUCCCAAGACGAUCCCGACUACGUUGGCAACCAAAUUCCCCCAGACCGAGUCCGAGAUGUACGAGGCCUUGCCCCGACGUCAGUUCGAGGCCAAGACCACGGACCAACAAUAUGGAGAAGAGUGGUCCAAGAAAUAUCAGAAAAUGUGCAACGACCUCAAGGUCGAAAUGCGUGCCAACAAGCGAAAAGUGCUUCCCAAUUCCAAGGAGCUGGUCCAAACCUUUAACCGCCGUACCGAAGCCGAGAUCAUCCAGAGGCACAAUGACGUGCUGGAAGUUGAAUGGACAGAUAUAGAAAAAUUGGAGGACCCAGAGUCACUAGCAUCUUGCUUCAUCGGGAACGAAGCGCUGCGAGUCCCCGACGAUUCAAACCCAAAGUUCAAGCUGUGGUGGCCUAUACAACAAGGAUACUGGAAUGAGGAUGGAUACACGAGCCAAGAGCACCUCUACGAUGAUUUCGAAACCCUCCUGGACAAGGCCCUACGUCAAGAGCUGGGCCUAAAGACAAAUAGCGAGUGGCAACAGUACAGCUGUGUUUUCGUCAUCCCCGAUCUCUACGACAAAAAGUAUGUGGAGCAGAUCCUGCGGUCUUGCAUGACCUGGUUCGAGUUUAGCAGGGUAUGCUUUAUCCAGGAAAGCAUGGCGGCCACGUUUGGAGCUGGAUACACCCAGGCCUGCGUCGUCGAUGUCGGUGCCCAGAAGACUGCGGUGACGUGUGUCGAAGACGGGUUGUGUAUCGAUGACUCGAGAAUCAACCUCAAGUACGGAGGAUAUGACAUUACGGAAACGUUCAUCAAGAUGAUGCUCUAUGAUAACUUUCCCUAUCAGGAAAUCAACUUGCGGAGAAGAUACGACUUCCUGCUGGCCGAAGAACUCAAGUGGAAGCACUGUACCAUGUCGCAGGCGAACAUUUCGGUGCAACUUUUCAACUUUCACGUGCGAGCACCCAACCAGCCUACGCGGAAAUAUGCGUUCAAGGCGUACGAUGAAGUGAUUCUGGCGGCCAUGGGGGUCUUUGAGCCGUCAAUCUUUGACAACAGCACAAAGCUCAGGGGCCGAAGAAAACUAGUCGAGCGUUCAUACAACGCCUAUGACGUGGAUAUUCCCGACGACCCGUCCUCUGCCGCACAGCUUGCCGUUUUGGCACUGGUAAAGCCGUCACUCAUGUCCAAUGCAAAUGGCUUCUCCCAGUCACAGCCCGAAGCGUCCACGCCGAGUAAAGAGAAGCCGUCGUUCAACUUCCUUUCCACCAAAGCCGAGACGGCGACGGGAACCCCCAUGGCAUCGCAUGCUGGGUCGCCAGCGCCUGAGGGUGCCAAUACUCCGGUUCCACCUCCCUAUGUCUUUGGAGCCAACAAAGAUGGCGUCAAUGGCGAUAGCCCUGCUCUAGGUAGCAUUCGGACGGCCGGCACACCAGUUCCGGGACAGUCACAAUCCACUCAGCCGCCUCCGGGAAUGUUUGUGGACGCAGCUGCACGAGGUUCUAAAGAACUGGCGACUGAGAGAGACGAGGUGCUGCCCUUGGCGCCGCUGGACAUUGCCAUCCUCACAAGCAUUCACAACGCCGCUAAGGGCGACGAGAAGAAGGUUCGCGACUUGCUGGGCAGUAUCAUGGUCAUCGGCGGCGGCGCCAAGGUCCCACAGUUCACGGUGGUUCUGGAAGAGAGGCUCAAGGCGCUGAAGCCCGACCUCAGCGAUAGGAUCCUGGUCAGCAGAAGCGCGAGGGACAUGGACGAGCAGGUCGUGACUUGGAAGGGAGCCAGCGUCUUUGCCAAGCUGUCAACCAACGAUUCGUGGAUCACGCCGUUUGAGUUUGAAAGACUGGGCGCCCGUACGCUCCACCACAAGGUGCUCUGGGCUUGGUAG